GUACUGUCGCGAUUUGAAUAUCGUGCUGCUUUUCAAAUUCAAGUGAAAGGACAGCUACUCUUCGGAUUGUGGUCGCUUUUACACUGCCUGUUAGUGUACCAUGGCUUCUAAGCCCCAUCCUCCUUUGAUGAAGAAACACAGUCAGUCAGACCUGGUGAGCCGGCUGAAGACCAGGAAGAUACUUGGGGUUGGAGGAGAGGAUGACGAUGGAGAGGUGCAUAGGUCAAAGCUCAGUCAGAUGUUGGGGAACGACAUCAAGUAUCAGGUACGAGAGCCUGUUGGACUGAGGGUCUGGAUCCUCAUCUCUGCAGUAGCCUUCACAGUCAUGGCCUUGAUGGCCCUGGUGUUGCCCAAGCAGCUGUAUGACAUAGUGUUUGAAGAGGAGAUCAACAACACCAGUGUCUCCAUCAGACUCUAUGGGGGAGCACUGCUCAGUCUGUCCCUCAUCAUUUGGAAUGGUGUCUAUGCACAAGAGAAGAUCAUCAUCCAGUGGACUCUGCUCAGUGAAGCAUGCUACUUUGCCAUCCAGUUUUUAGUUACGUCAGUCACUCUAGUGGAGAUAGGCUCGUUGCCCAACGCUGCAAUCUUCCUCCUCCUCAGCCGAGUAAUCUUCCUCCUUGUCACUCUGCUCUACUACUACUACCUGGGCAGAGGACGACCCAAGAAGAUCUGAUGGCGAGGGGAACUUUGCUUCCAGAUGUGGGCUCUGAGGGAGGUGGGGUGUAUUGAGGGAGGCAGGUAGCCUAGUGGUUAGAGCGUUGGGCCAGUAAAUGUUGCUAGAUCGAAUCCCCGAGCUGACAAGGUAAAAAUCUGUCUUCUGCCCCUGAACAAGGCAGUUAACCCACUGUUUCUAGGCCAUCAUUAUAAAUAAGAAAUUGUUCUUAACUGACUUGCCUUUAAAAUUAAGGUUACAUUUUUAAAAAAUGUAAUGGGUUGAAAGUGUAGAAAUGUAAUGCAGUGGUGGAAAAAGUACUACAUUUACAUACUUGAGUAAAAGUAAAGACACAAUAGAAAAUGACUCAAAUGAAAGUCACACAGUAAAAUACUACUUGAGUAAGUCUAAAAGUAGCUGGUUUUAAAUGUACUUAAGUACAGUGGUGGAACAAGUACUCAAUUGAGUAAAAGUAAAUUCUAUAUAUCAAAUGACUUAUAAUAAGCAAACCAGAUGGCACAAUGUUCUUCUUUUUUUGUGUAAUUUACGAACGGACGGGCAGACUCCAACACUCAGGUCGUGUCUACACUUGACACUAACAUGCGACUUCUGCUAUCAGAAUAAGAAGAUCGCAUUGAAAAGACUGGUCUGAUUAUGUUCGUUCUGGCUAAAUGCGUUGCGUGCGGAUUUCUCCUCAGUCUGGACACAAUCAGGCUUCUGAAGGCGCAUAUAGUGGGUGACGUGAUCAGCACUCCUCACACAAGUCUGCAGAAAACGUGUGUUUUGGGACCGAGGCACCGUUUCAUUAUAACGUUGGAGGAAAUACGUUCCUAGCGGGUGAAGAUAGUGUUUGCUGGCCUCAUAAAUGCUAGCCAGCUAGCUAAUAUUUAGAAAAACUGUUUUUGCUUGGCUAGAGUUAUGCUAACCUGUUUGCAAUCCCUUUAGAGUAGAUUGCUGGCUAGUUACAGAGGUUAGCUACCGUAGUCAGCUAUUGCCAUCAGUUGUGGUGUUAUUGUCGUAUUUGGCCUAUUCCACCGUUUGUAGAAUGCAUACUGGCAUGUGCAUAUAGUGCGGGGAAAGGGAAUCCGGAGACACUGUGGACACAGUCGACACAUAUACUUUGCAUUCGGAAAGUAUUCAGACCCCUUGACUUUUUCCACAUUUUGUUACGUUACAGCCUUAUUCUAAAAUUGAUUAAAAAAACAAUCCUAAUCAAUCUACAUACAAAACCCCAAACACAUUUUAGAAAUGUUUGCAUAUGUAUCAAAAAAAAAUGUCAUAUUACAUUUAGAUAAGUGGCUGGCUUAGGAAGACUGAAAUUUUAAUUCCAAACUACAACAUUUUCAGACAAGAGAGAACUGCCAAAGGGGGCGGUGUUGCAAUCUACUGCAAAGAUAGCCUGCAGAGUUCUGUCCUACUAUCCAGGUCUGUACCCAAACAAUUUGAACAUCUAUUUCUUCUAUUCUUGGAACGACUCUCUUCUCUGUAUACAUCAAUGAGGUCGCUCUUGCUGCUGGUGAGUCUCUGAUCUGUAUACUUCUGGCCCUUCUUUGGACACUGUGUUAACAACCCUCCAGGCAAGGUUCAAUGCCAAACAACUCUCCUUCCGUGGCCUCCAAUUGCUCUUAAAUACAAGUAAAACUAAAUGCAUGCUCUUCAACCGAUCACUACCUGCACCUACCCGCCUGUCCAACAUCACUACUCUGGACUUAGAAUACGUGGACAACUACAAAUACUUUGGUGUCUGGUUAGACUGUAAACUCUCCUUCUAGACCCAUAUCAAACAUCUCCAAUCCAAAGUUAAAUCUAGAAUUGGCUUCCUAUUUUGCAACAAAGCAUCCUUCACUCAUGCUGCCAAACAUACCCUUGUAAAACUGACCAUCCUACCAAUCCUCGACUUUGGCGAUGUCAUUUACAAAAUAGCCUCCAAUACACUACUCAACAAAUUGGAUGCAGUCUAUCACAGUGCAAUCCGUUUUGUCACCAAAGCCCCAUAUACUACCCACCAUUGCGACCUGUACGCUCUCGUUGGCUGGCCCUCGCUUCAUACUCGUCGCCAAACCCACUGGCUUCAUGUCAUCUACAAGACCCUGCUAGGUAAAGUCCCCCCUUAUCUCAGCUCGCUGGUCACCAUAGCAUCUCCCACCUGUAGCACACGCUCCAGCAGGUAUAUCUCUCUAGUCACCCCCAAAACCAAGUCUUUCUUUGGCCGCCUCUCCUUCCAGUUCUCUGCUGCCAAUGACUGGAACGAACUACAAAAAUCUCUGAAACUGGAAACACUUAUCUCCCUCACUAGCUUUAAGCACCAACUGUCAGAGCAGCUCACAGAUUACUGCACCUGUACAUAGCCCACCUAUAAUUUAGCCCAAACAACUACCUCUUUCCCUACUGUAUUUUAUUUAUUUAUUUAGUUUGCUCCUUUGCUCCCCAUUAUUUUUAUUUCUACUUUGCACAUUCUUCCAUUGCAAAUCUACCAUUCCAGUGUUUUACUUGCUAUAUUGUAUUUACUUUGCCACCAUGGCCUUUUUUUGCUUUUACCUCCCUUAUCUCACUUCAUUUGCUCACAUCGUAUAUAGACUUGUUUAUACUGUAUUAUUGACUGUAUGUUUGUUUUACUCCAUGUGUAACUCUGUCAUUGUAUGUGUCGAACUGCUUUGCUUUAUCUUGGCCAGGUCGCAAUUGUAAAUAAGAACUUGUUCUCAACUUGCCUACCUGGUUAAAUAAAGGUGAAAUAAAAAAUAAAAUUUAAAUUUAAAAAAGUAUUCAGACCCUUCCUCAGUACUUUGUUGAAGCACCUUUUGCAGCAAUUAUAUAGUCUUCUUGGGUAUGACGCUACAAGCUUGGCAAACCUGUAUUUGGGUAGUGUCUCCCAUUCUUCUCUGCAGAUCCUCUCAAGCUCUGUCAGGUUGGAUGGGGAGCGUCGCUGCACAGCUAUUUUCAGGUCUUUCCAGAGAUAUUUAAUCAGGUUCUAGUCUGGGCUCUGGCUGAGCCACUCAAGGACAUUCAGAGACUUGUCCCGAAGCCACUCCUGGGUUGUCUUGGCUAUGUGCUUCGGGUUGUUGUCCUGUUUGGUGAACCUUCGACCCCAGUCUGAGGACCUGAGCACUCUGGAGCAGGUUUUCAUCAAGGAUCUCUCUAUACUUUGCUCCGUUCAUCUUUCUCUUGAUCCUGACUUGUCUCCCAGUCCCUGCCGCUGAAAAACAUCGCCACAGCAUGAUUCUGCCACCAUGCUUCACCGUUGGGAUGGUGCAAGGUUUCAUCCAGAUGUGACACUUGGUAUUCAGGCCAAGGAGUUCAGUCUUGAUUUCAUCAGACCAGAUAAUCUUGUUUCUCGUGUUCUGAGAGAGUCUUUAGGUGCCUUUUGGCAAACUCCAAACAGGCUGUCAUGUGCCUUUUAAUGGGUAGUGGCUUCCAUCUAGCCACUACCAUAAACGCCUGAUUGGUGGAGGGCUGCAGAGAUGGUUGUCCUUCCGGAAGGUUCUCCCAUCUCCACAGAGGAACUCUAGACCUCUGUCAGAGUGACCAUCACCUCCCUGACCAAGGCCCUUCUCCCCCGAUUGCUCAGUUUGGCUGGGCGGCCAGCUCUAGGGAGUCUUGAUGGUUACAAACUUAUUCCAUUUAAGAAUGAUGGAAGCCACUGUGUUCUUGGGGACCUUUAACGCUGCAGAACUUUUUUAGUACCCUUCCCCAGAUCUGUGCCUCACCACAAUCCUGUCUCGGAGCUCUACGGACAAUUCCUUCUACUUAAUGGCUUGGUUUUUGCUCUGGCAUGCACUGUCAACUAUGUGACCUCAUAUAGAUGGGUGUGUGCCUUUCCAAGUCCUGUCCAAUCAAUAUAAUUUACCACAGGUGGACUCCAAUCAAGUUGUAGAAACAUCUUAAGGAUGAUCAAUGGAAACAGGAUGUACCUGAGCUCAAUUUAGAGGCUCAUAGCAAAGUGUCUGAAUACUUAUAAGAAUUUUGUAAAAACUUGUUCUUGCUUUGUCAUUAUGGGUUAUUGUGUGUAGAUUGAUGAGGGGAAAAAAUGUAAUCCCUUUUAUAAUAAGACUAACGUAACAAAAUGUGGAAAAGGUGGAGGGGUCUGAAUACUUUCCGAAUACAAUUCCAUGAUCAGAAUCAUAAAGCUGCAUGAAGUUGUCAAGUCUAGACACGGCCUCAGACAUCAUUUACAAACACAGUGUUUAGUGAGUCCGUCAGCAGAUCAGAGGCAGUAUGGAUGACAAAGUGUUAUAUUGAUAGGUGUGUGAAUUGGAACACAUUGCUGUCCUGCCUGAGCUUUUGAAAUCUGGGUAAAAUGUACAUUUUUUUUCAGGAAUGUAGUGGAGUAGAAGUUGUAAAAAUAUAAAUAGAUACCCUCAAAAAUUACUUAAGUAGUACUGUAAAGUAUUUUUACACCACUGGUAAUCUGUACGGCUGACAUGCUUUACGUAAGUCAUGACAGACACUAAUGCCUGGUCUACACAAUAUAUUUAUAUCUGAAAGUACUGUGAUGUUAUGUCCUCCUGAACAGGGAUGUGGGAGGGGCUUGGUGCGUGUAUGGGUUAUUAUAUGCAUCCAGCCCCUUGCUAUACUAGACCCCAGAUUUGGUUAUUACCACAGCAGUCAACACAUGGUGGUGUCAUAAUCUGUUCUGUAUAUGGAAAUGAGAAAGGGACUGAUUGUGAAAAUGUACAAAGAGAUUAAGUCAUGCUCCUCCAAAUACUGUACACUACUUGUGUGUGGAACAAGAUUCAGAUUAAAAAAUGUUGUCGUUGUGAAGAAGGGGGCAGAAAUUUGCAGUAAGGUUGUUCUGGUACUGUACCUCCCAGCCUACCAGUCACUGUACCUCCCAGCCUACCAGUCACCAGUGGGUGUGUCACAAAUAAUACCCUAUUUCCUAUAUAGUGUACUACUUUUCACAAGAGAGCUAUAGGCCCUCAUCAAAAGUAAUGCACUAUAGGAAAUAGGGUGCCACUUGUAAUAGGCCCGAGAUGUACAGAGUAAAUUGAAACACUAGGCUGUGUUUUUAUGUCCAGUAAUUUUGCUUUGUUUUUAAAUUGCAGUAUUGAGUGUGCUCUGAUCUGUGGGUAGAGUUACAUUUUGAACAUGCUGUGACUUCAAGGACCAAGAGUUUUUUUUUACUUGUGUUUUUUUGUUUUUCUCAAUUUUGAGGUUUUUUUCACGUUUUUUACUGUGCAUGAAGUGAAUUCUGUAUACAUUUUCUCUCUCGCUCUUAUCACUUUCUAUCAGUCCUCCAAAUUAAACACAGAAUGUCACGACACUCUGUUUUAAGGGUGUGGAGUGUAAUAGCAUUAUAGCCAUAGAAAUACAGGCACUAGAAUGGACAUUCAAGUCAGUUAUUCUAUUUCAAUGAUCAGUCCUGCUGCCUUGUAUCUAAGCUUAGAGUUGAUAUAAAAUGCUGACUCCCAAAAGGUGAGGCAAAUUCCAGCUGACAGACUGGUGACAUAAAGUGUGGAUCAGUGUCUGUAUUAUUGUCUGUUCUCAAUGCUUCCUGGAUCAGAACAUUGAGGGAGGUCAGAGGUCAGCUUUUCAUUCUGUCCAAUGGGCAUAGAGGUCACAUAUGAUAGAGAGAACUCAUCUACUAACAUGUUAUUGAGAGUGAGCUUACAAUAUGGGGCACCUAGGGAAUCAAACACUUUUUUUCUGGGAUAAAAACCUUUUUAAUUCAAUUAUCUGUCAAGAUUUUUGACCAAAACGAAUCCACUAAUGACAAGAUGUUUAUAGGCCUACUGUACACAAAAAUACAUAGUGCCGCUCCAUAGCAGCUUGGACAGUGUACAUUCUCACAGCCAUUGGUUACUGAUGAUCAUAUCUCCUGUUGGUAACAAUACAACUUCAUUGGUCCAACUGUUACCGAACCAAACCAUGCACAUUUUGUAUGGAAUGUCCAUACCAUCAUGGUUAAAGGCAGAGUAAUAAUAAAGGCAGAGCUUGAUCUUGAACGGUACACUUAAAAAAAAAACUGUGCGCUUAAUGUGACCAGCAGAGUAUGUCUGUGUUAUGUCAGGAACUUCUGUAUCUGUAAUGUAGCACACUUUAAUAGAUAGCUAUAUUAGCUAUCUAUUAAAGCUAGCUAAUAUCUGUCUUUAGUCUUGCCUUAAAACCGUUAAAAGAACAAUCACAACCUACACACAAUUCACUUGGUACUUGUAAAUAAAGUAGCCACAUACUGUAUUGCUGCCAUGUGGUGUAGUUCCUUUGAACAGAAAAGGGAACGUAUAGAUUCUAUAGAUCAUUAGUUGAAUGUUUUCCAAAGGUGAAUUAAAGGCCCACUCUCUGAUUUUAAGGAGUGAUCGUGGAAUGGUUUUUAACUAAGCAGUGACUGGAGUCUAAGCCCUAUUUAAUUGUUUUUCAUUUAAGUGAUAUGUGUCUUGUUUUGAUGAUAAGUUAGUUGACAAUUGCAUGCAAUAUAGUCCCUUGUGUACAGGAAUGUAGCAUGUGUCUUUUGUAGCACACUAUACUGUAAUAAAGGCUAGUAAGUAAGUACA